AUCAAAUGUUCGUACAUUUCUGAAAUUUUCUCUUUAAUUAAUUAAUCUAGAUUUAAAUUAUCAUUAAAGUUAGUAUAUAUAAAGCUCAAGUUUCCUUAAUCAUCAUUUCAUCCAACACAAUUAUACCAUUCAACACUUAGCUUAUCUGCUUUCUACUUCCAAGUUUCAAGCUAUUCACAUAUACUUUGGUUGAUCAAGAACAAAGAUUCAUCCAAUAAUAAAGUACCUACCUUGCUAGAUGAGUAAUUCAAUGGAGUUAGAGGCAAACAUCGAACCCUCGAGUGAUGAAGGCAAUACCUCGUUCUUGAAGACGUUAUUCAAUGGCCUCAACGCGGUCAUAGGAGUGGGAAUACUAUCAAUGCCAUAUGCCCUAGCCUCAGGAGGCUGGCUAAGCCUAAUCCUCCUCCUAGCCAUCUCCGGCGCAGCCGGCUACGCCGGCAUACUAACAAAACGAUGCAUGGACGCGAACCCGAAGAUCACAACCUACGCCGAAAUCGGCGAAUUCGCGUUCGGAAAAUUCGGAAAAACAAUCGUAUCAAUCGUUCUAUACGUAGACCUUUACUUAGUCUUAACAGGUUACUUAAUCUUAGAAGGGGAUAAUCUACACAACUUAUUCCCAGAAAUGAACAUUCAUUUACAUGGUGGCAUUAACAUUGGUGGGAAACAGAGUUUUGUUAUGAUUAUAGCUGUCGCACUUCUUCCGACAGUUUGGAUUGAUAAUCUCAACAUUCUUGCUUAUGUUUCCGCAACGGGUGUUUUGUCUGCUGUUUUGAUACUUGGAUCGGUUGUUUCGGUUGGGAUUUUUGACGGCGUUGGGUUUCAUAAUAAAGGUGAACUUAUUAAUUGGAAAGGGAUUCCAACUGCUAUGAGUUUGUUCAUGUUCUCUUAUAGUGCUAAUCCUGUGUUUCCUACGUUGUACUCUUCCAUGCAAAAGAAACACCAUUUUUCCAAGGUACUAAUCAUCGGAUUUGCAUGUGCAACCAUAUGUUAUACAGCAAUGGCAAUAGUAGGAUAUCUAAUGUUUGGUUCAACGUUACAAUCACAAAUAACAUUAAACCUACCAACAAAUACAAUAAGUUCAAAAAUCGCGAUAUACACAGCAUGGAUAAGUCCAUUAUCAAAGUACGCACUGAUGAUGGAACCUGUUGCAGCAACUACUGAGAGUUGGUUUCCAAAGUACCAGAAAAACAAAGGUUUUAAGAUAAUAAUACGAACUAUUUUAGUCGCGACACAAGUUGUCGUGGCUAUUACGAUUCCUUUCUUCGGGAGUCUCAUGUCACUUGUUGGAGCUUUACUUAGCGCGACAGCUUCAAUUACGAUUCCAUGUUUGUGUUACUUGAAGAUUUCGAAGAAGAGUCGAAGAUCUAUUGAACAUAUGUUCAUCAUGUUGAUUGUAGUUCUUAGUUUAGGGAUUGUUGCACUUGGUACUUAUACGUCAAUACGUAGUAUAAUUAAGGAAACAAUUAAUAGACAACAUCGUCAUUAGGUAUUAAUUAAUUCAAUAUUUAGUAUUUAUAUAUACUAGGAAAAUUUGAUUAAUUGUAGGUUCUAUAUAUGGGAUUAUGAUCGAUACUCGCUCUGCUCGGAAUUAAUUGUGUGACAAAUAAACUUGGAGGGUGGGAGUAUUUUUUUUAUCUCAAUUGUAAUAAUUUUUUCUAGAUAAAGAAUAAAACAAGACAAUUCUAUUUAAAAGUCUGAGCUAUUCCAAUUGAAAUUAUUUUUAAUUAUAACUUUUUUUUUUUUUUGAGGGGAUGCCCUUUUAUUAUAUUGUCAUGU